AUGUCUGACCUACUACCAUUAGCCACUUACAACCUGAACAUCGAGCCAUACACUCCUACUCCGGCCAUUGAUGUGACUAGACCUGUCACUGUCCGUAUUACCAUGGCAGCUUUGAACCCGGAGGCCUACGACGAUGAGAAGAAGCCUUCUACUUUAAGAAUCGUCAAAAGAAAUCCUGAUUUUGAUGAUGAGGAUGACCUUCUGAAUGGGGAUUACGAUGAGGAUGAGGUUGAUGAAGAGGAAGAAGAAGAUGAGGAGGAAGAAGAGGAGGUAAAACCAAAGAGCAAAAGCAACAAGAAGGCUGAAGAAGAUGAUGAUGAUGAAGAUGAUGAGGAUGAAGAUGACGAAGAUGAUGAAGAUGACGAGUUUGAAGAGUACAUCUUAUUGACUUUGUCUCCAAAGGGUCAAUACCAACAAGCCAUUGACAUCACCAUUGCUCCAGAAGAAGACAUCCAGUUUGUUGUCACUGGCUCUUAUGCAAUUUCCUUGACUGGUAACUACAUCAAGCAUCCAUUUGAUGCCGUUAACAUGGACGAAGAUGAUGAAGAUGAUGAAGAAGAGCAAUAUUACGACAGUGAUGAGUACGACUUGACUCCAGAUGAGGAUGAGAUCAUUGAUGAUGAAUUAGAUGACCAGUUGGAUGACCUAGAAGAUGCUAGCGACGUCGAGGCCCGUGUUACAGAGCUAAUUGAGCAAGAAACCGAGGAUAAGAAGAAUAAGAAGAACAACAAGAGGAAACAAGAGGACAAGGAAGUUGAGCCAGAGACCAAGAAGUCAAAGAAGGAGAAGAAGGAAAAGAAGGAAAAGCCUGUCGAAAAGAAGAAGGUCGAAUUCAAGAAAGACCUAGAAGAAGGUCCAACCAAGAAAUCUCAAGAAAAGCCAAAGACUAAAGUGCUUGAAGGGGGUAUCACUAUCGAAGACCGUACUGUCGGAAAGGGUGGUCAGGCCAAGAAGAGUUCAAAGGUUGGUAUGAGAUACAUCGGUAAGCUAAAGAACGGUAAAGUGUUCGACAAGAACACCAGCGGUAAGCCAUUUGUGUUCAAAUUGGGUCACGGUGAAGUGAUCAAGGGUUGGGACAUCGGUGUUGCCGGCAUGGCUGUUGGUGGUGAACGUAGAAUCAUCAUUCCAGCUGCUUACGCCUACGGCAAGCAAGCUCUCCCAGGUAUCCCAGCCAACUCUGAGUUGACCUUCGAUGUCAAAUUGGUUUCAUUGAAAUAA